AUAACAGACAUAUUUUGAUCAGAUUCAAAUGAGCAAUAAUUCUGAAAAAAAACACCACUUCUGCCGUAUUUGGCAGUCGUCCAAUGUCUAACCACAAACGUGUCAGCGUGACCUGUCACACUAGAACACUUGAAGAACAAUUGAACAUAGAAAUCAUACUCUUAAAUAUAAAAUAACCAUAAGAGUACAAUCACCAGUGAAUACUUGAAAAUAUGAUAAGAAUUAAUCUAUAAAGUAUGAGUACAUCAAUAUAUGAAAGCAAAAGUCAUAAGCCAUAAAUGAUUAAAAAUAAAUAUUAAUAAAAGUGCAUGAAUAUGAAUAUUGACCAUUUCGGAUCCAUCAAUAUAAAUAAAAUAAUUUUAAAAAGUUCUAAAAGGGGGUUUUCGCAGUGAAGGCAUCUUUUCUCGCCUACUAUGACAUAAAUCCAAAUGAAACGGCUUUGCAAACAAGAACAAAUGUAGCGUGGGGCUUGAUUUGACUGGACAGCUGAAUGGUAGUGAAUUGCUAUUGGUGGAUCUCAUGUGAGUGACAGAUUGCCCCGCCCUCAUUAUCAGAGAAGAGAUGUCGCUGCAAGAGAUUAAUCUGAUUAAAGAUUACGAAGAACAUGAAUAAUGAUGUGCACCGAUUAAUCAUUUAGAAUAAUAUUCCACGAAAAACAAUAAUUAUCCAUUUAACUUUAAAGGUUACGGCAGAUGCCCAUAUAAGAUAUGAAUAUUCCAUCAAUAUAAUUAAAGGGAAAAACAGAGAAGGAAAAAAUAAAAUAAAAUUAAGUGUCAGUUUCUGUCAGUCUGUGAUGAUGAUGAAGCUCCACGUGCUUGUGUUGUAUUAAUCGUGAAGUAAACACACACACACACACACACUCUGUUCGUGUGUGAUAGUGCUGGUGAAUUUCGCGCAGAUGAGCGUCUGACAGCAGCUCCGAUGAAACAAAAGCUCGCAGAGGACCGAGGCUCCUCCCUGAGUGUGUGUGUGUGUGUGUGUGUGUGUGUGACAGCUGCUGUGAGCUCAGCUCAGUAAAGCUUCAUCUCUAAUAGGAUGAGCAGCCGCUCGUGUGUGUGUGAAGCUGCAUGAUCCGCGCAUUGUUCCUUUCGUUGUUUCUCUCAUAUUUCUGCGGAUUGAUCGAUCAGUGAUCGGAUGUGAUCGGGAUUUCUGAUGGAUCUAUCGAUGUGAAGAAGGUGUCAAACGCGGCUGAAGUUCAGAAGUGAUCGUGCGGGACGCAGUCAAACAUGCGGUCGCAGGCCUUGUUGCUGUAUCUCACAGUGCUGCAGACGGCUGGAGCCGCUUUCCCAGAAGACACCGAGCCAAUCAGUAUUUCACAUGGCAACUAUACCAAACAAUAUCCAGCGUUCGUGGGACACAAACCGGGAAGGAACAACACGCAACGACACAAACUGGACAUCCAGCUGAUCGUCAUCAUGAAUCGGACUCUCUAUGUCGCUGCCAGGGAUCACAUUUACACCGUGGACAUCGAGACGGCCAACACGGAGGAGAUCUUUUUCAGCAAGAAGCUGACGUGGAAGUCCAGACAGGCCGACGUGGACACCUGCAGAAUGAAAGGCAAACACAAGGACGAAUGCCACAAUUUCAUCAAGGUUCUCCUGCAGCAGAGCGACGACUCUCUGUUCGUGUGCGGAACAAACGCAUUCAACCCGUCCUGUCGAACCUACAAGAUGGACAGCCUGGACGCUCUGGGCGAUGAAAUCAGUGGUAUGGCCCGAUGCCCGUACGACGCCAAACACGGCAACGUCGCCCUGUUCGCCGAUGGGAAGUUAUACUCCGCCACAGUCACAGACUUUCUGGCGAUUGACGCGGUCAUCUAUCGCAGUCUGGGAGACAGUCCGACCCUGAGGACGGUCAAACAUGACUCCAAAUGGCUGAAAGAGCCGUAUUUUGUCCAGGCGGUCGAUUACGGCGAGUUCAUCUACUUCUUCUUUCGGGAAAUCGCCAUGGAGUACAACAGCAUGGGGAAGGUGGUGUUCCCGCGUGUGGCGCGCGUGUGUAAAAAUGACCGUGGCGGAUCACAGCGCGUCCUGGAGAAACAGUGGACAUCCUUCCUGAAGACGCGACUAAACUGCUCAAUCCCUGGAGACUCUCAUUUCUACUUCAACAUCCUUCAGGCCGUCACCGACGUCAUCCACAUCAACGGGCGUGACGUCGUCAUGGCAACCUUCUCCACGCCAUAUAACAGUAUCCCGGGCUCGGCGGUCUGCGCGUAUGACAUGGCGGAGAUCGCGCUGGCCUUCACCGGGCGCUUCAAAGAGCAGAAAUCACCAGAUUCCACCUGGACGCCCGUGCCGGAGGAGAAGGUGCCUAGACCCAGGCCGGGCGUCUGCGCAGGAACUUCCUCUGGUGAGAAAUUCAAAGUGUCCAACGAGUUUCCGGACGAAACGCUAAACUUUAUCAAGAUUCACCCGCUGAUGGACGAGGCCGUGCCAUCCAUCGCCAACCGCCCGUGGUUUCUCAAGACAAUGGUUCGAUACCGUCUCACUCGGAUAGCCGUGGAUAACGCCGCCGGCCCCCAUCGCAACCACACCGUGGUUUUCCUAGGUUCCGAGCGAGGAAUCGUUCUGAAGUUCCUGGCCAAAAUGCGGAGCGGCUUCCUGAACGACAGCCUGUUUCUGGAGGAGCUGAACGUCUACAACCCAGAGAAGUGCAGCAUUGACGGCGUGGAGGACAAACGCAUCGUCAGCAUGCAGAUCGACAGCCGGAGUCACUCUCUGUUCGUGGCCUUCACCUCCUGCGUCGUCAAAGUCCCGCUGUCGCGCUGCGAACGGCACGGCAAGUGCAAAAAGUCCUGUAUCGCCUCCAGGGACCCGUACUGCGGCUGGGUGUCAGAGGGCGCCUGUAAAGAAAUCACAUCUGACACAAAAUGGUCGUUCGAGCAGGACGUGGAACAGGGCAACACAGAUGGACUGGGCGACUGCCAAAAUUCGUUUGUGGCUCUCAAUGACCAUCAGCACAGGCAUCAGGGUCUGAGUGAUAUUACCCAGAAUUCUCCACGCGGCCUCCUCACCACCGUCCCUCCCUCCGUCGGGGGCCCGCUAGGACGGGGCCGUAUGGUCAAACCCAAGGACCCGCCGCUGUCCAGCGAUAAGAGCGACCCGUAUAUGCCCGUGUCGUCUGAGACGCAGCAGGAGAGCGCCGGGGUGAUCCGUGAGACGUACCACAGAGACCGCGAUCAGAUGGUUCCUGUGACGCUCCUGGCCAUCGCCGUCAUCCUCGCCUUCGUCAUGGGCGCCAUCUUCUCUGGCAUCAUCGUCUACUGCGUGUGCGACCACCAUCGCCGGCGAGACUUUGAGCUGCCCGGCCGCAAAGACAAGGACUCUGUUCAGUCCAGACGAGGCUCUAUGAACAGCGUCACCAAGCUGACGGGGCUGUUCGAGACGCAAGCCAAGGAUGGCCGGCCAGAGGCAAUUCUGACCCCGCUCAUGCACAACGGCCGUCUGUCCAACGGCAAGAUGCUAAUCAAAGCUGACCAGCACCCGGAUCUGACCGCCCUGCCCACGCCCGAGUCUACGCCCAUGCAGCCGCGGCGCAAGCCCAGCCGGGGUAGCCGUGAGUGGGAGCGCAACCAGAACCUGAUCAACGCCUGCACCAAAGACUUGUCCUCAAUGGGCUCUCCGGUCAUUCCAACGGACCUGCCGCUGCGGGCGUCUCCAGGCCACAUCCCCAGCGUGGUGGUGCUGCCUUUGCCCCAACAUCAGCAAGCCUACCAGCACGAGUACGUGGAGCAACCCCACCGCGGCGGAGACCUUGCGGACGACCAGGCCACCACGCUGGAGUACAAGUCCCUCAAGAGCCCGUGCCUGGGCUUGGCGGACGGCGAGGGAGCGCCGCCGCGUGUCCCCCAACGAGAGGCAUCUCUGAGCGCCGUGGUCCCGCCGGCCGUCCCGCAGAUGGGCAAGAGGCUGGAUGUGCAUUCGUCCAUGUACGGCCGCGGCUAUCCCAUGAGCUCAGGCCUCAAGAAACAGCACAACACCAACUCGUCCAACUCAUCCCACAUGUCAAGGAACCACAGCUUCCGCGUGGAGACGCCGCCACCCGCCCCGCAGCGGGUGGACUCCAUGCACGUCACCUCUCCGCCGCCGGUCCUCGGACUGUCACGCCACCCCAGCCUGAGCUCGUACGGCUCUCUCGUGAGGCAGCUCAAGCCCGACGUCCCUCCCAAACCGUCACUGGUGUCCCUUUCAACGAAAGUCAAAUCCGGCGACCCCUGCACAUAAUCAAUGCGGAAUAAAAGAUGGGGAACAUUAAAGUGCGUCUGCUUUGUACAGCUGUGUACAGGAAAUGCAACUCACUUUUUCCUUUCUUUUGUUUUUGGGUUUUGUAUAUUUUUUAAUACAUACAUGUCGAGCUCAGGCUGAUGAGUCCCCGUUCCAAGAGGGCGAACAUCUGCUCCCGAAAGGAGGAACUCUUGAAGAUUUCGCCGUGUUGCAGCUGAUGUUUGAUUUCUGCCAAAAGCACAUCGGAGACAGGCGGAAUUGAAGCUACGAGACGCCCCGGUUAUCAAGUACUUGAACAAGUCCAGACUGGAGUUUACAAUGGAAAACUGUGAAAACCGCCGCCUGUCUCAGUGUUACUGUUACUGGACAAAGCAAUCGAGUUCUGCCUUCGUGCAAGAGUUCAAAACGUCUACUGAAACUGACUAAAUAACACGUGACUGUUAAUACUAACAGCAGGUCGUAUUUAUUUUUUAAUAAAGUGCUUUUGCAGAAAGAGCAUCUCUUUUAGGCUCAAAUGAGACGCGAAUGAUCUUUUUAAUUUGAAUUAAUCAAGUGUGAAGUUAUUUAAAGUCAUUAAACUGGAGCCAGUACUUCUGUCCACUAACUCUUUGGACGUUGCUAAGCAAACUCAGAGACGACGGAAGCCUCCAUAUGGAAGGAAUAUUUCUCGAGCUGUGCCAGAGGGGCUUGUGGGUAAGAGCUUACAGCCCGCAGACAGGAACUCCUGAAUCUCACCUCUUCAUCACCUUCAGAAAGCCGCCGGUCGAUCACCGAGUGCCAUUCUCGCUCGCGUCCGCGUGACGUGAAGCAAAGUAAAGGAUGAGCCGCACUUAAGACGCUUGGUUUAUGCUUUCAUUUUCUCGUCUUGUCCACACACACACACGGGCCUUUUCGUUGAAUCAUUUCAUUUUACAAACAAGCCUGUUUUUCUCCUUCCACCUGUAAAUUUGUGCCUUACACCCCUGAGUAGUGAAGCAUUUGUUAGCUGUUAACUGUCGUAGUUCUUAUAAUGACGUUUGUUUUCCUCAUUUGAUUAAAAAAAAGAAAGAAAAAAACAACAUAAUUGAAGAAUGUAGGUGUUGUCGUUGUCGACUCUGGUCCCUUUGCUAACCACAAAUGACUUUGUGCUUGAUUUCUGAUUGUGCCAAUGAAACGUUGGAGUCGGCCCUCUUCUUGUGCUGGAAGAAUGUUGUUGUUUGCUUUGAUUUUUUUUGUUUUGUUUGUCCUUUUUUUUUUUUUUUUUACUUUUCACAAAGUCAAAAUGAUGUUUUUACACUGUUUGUAGAUGAAUUGAUGUGUAUCUGUGGAUCUGGCUGCUUCGAUGCAAUAAGAGAAAAACACAUGAACGAAUCAGAUAUGAUGUUUCUCCCAAACACACACAAGCUUUCUAAUGUAUAUGAUCAAACACAGUUUUUAGGCAGUGAAUACAGGCUGGCUCCUGUGUAGAUAUGCACUCCAAUAAUAUUAGGAAACAGAUUAAUGUUUUCAAUGUUUGUGACAGAUUCCGAUUAAUAUAAUUUUCUAGCUCUAUCGUUGUGAUGUAAUAUGAGGGAUUGUUAUUUAACUAUUUUGACACACGUUUUAUUGAACUUGGCGUCCAGGAAUCUCUAGUUUGGCUUUGUAGAUGUUGAAUUCACUCGUCGUCCGUAGCCACGUCUGAGACGACUCUAAAUCUGUGCCGUCUGAAUAUACUCGCUCCGGCCGUAGCGAACGGAGAUCACGGAGUAACACGUCUCCUUCUGCGGACGGAGGAUCCCGUGCUGGUGCCUUUCGUCCGUCACCCUCCAGAUGCCACUAGACUUUGGAAGUGGAGUUUGUACUCUUGUAUGCUAUGGUUUCGUCACCGGCCCUCUCCCACAUCUGAUUCACAGCUAAAUGUAUGUUGUAAAGAAAUUCUCUUUAAUAAAUGGAAAAAGUAAUAAAAACAUUUCAGAUUCUUGUCACAGA